AUGACUCCAAGGUCAGCUGCUGAGUCAAAACAAUUGCCCCCAGAGGUACUAUGCUUACUCCAUAAGUCUGAUCUCAGUGCAGAUGACUUAAGGAAAAUUUAUAACUAUGCUCAAGCUAAUCCAGUGCAUCUCAGCCACCACAUAAGUCGUCUGGAAGUAUUAUUGACCAAACUAAUUAAUCCUGUGGAAUGUAGUUGUUCAAGCAGAAACUCUGUGCAUUUCGACUUUGCCUGCAAAAAUGUGGAAUACGAUGAAAUGCUCCAGCUUUCCGCCGCAUGUUUCUCCUUAAUCCCAUUUUCAAAAUUCUCCCCUCAGCGUCUUCAGGAGUUCCAGUUACGUCUAUCCAAAUGCCUUUGUGACUCAUUGUCCUGCCUCUUCGGAAUUCAUGGUUUGCCUCACGUAACUUUAUCGACCGUUCAAGCGUAUCUAAAUUCGAAGGUAGACGAUUUUUCAUGUAUUAUUUCAGUAGACAAAAUCAAAAAGCUACCUGACGACUUCUCCAAGUUGCUGAUUAUGCGUGUUGAUUUUCUCACUUAUUGCUUACGUUAUAUCUUCACGCGUGAUUCUCCAAUGCACAUCAAUUUUUGCUUACCUAUGUUUGUUUCCAUAUUUAAUGGUUUUUUCGAAGUAAGAUUGACGGACGUGGCUAAUAUGCCAAGUAGUCUGCUAAAAAGUUCUAGUCGUCUCAUGUUAUGUUUAGAUACAAUGUGUCAAGCUGUUGGUACAGUAAUCAUGCCCGCUGUUCCUUGCUUGUUAACUCUUGUCACAUACCACUUAGAAUGGACUGCGAGCUGGCGAGUUGAAAGUAAAAAUAUGGAGUAUUUUGUGCGCCUGCGUUUGGCAGCUUUUUCUUGUUUACUCCAUCUCACCACUGCGAGUUUAAAGUUUUCGUACGCCUAUUUUAUGGAAAUGAUACCACGAAUAUUUUCUCAGUUGGUGUAUGAUUUACGAGGAUUUCUUUCUACUUGUCAAUGUACGUAUCCAAUCACAUCCACCAAUGCUGUUUUCAAUAAUGACCAUCCGAAACCUCAAGUAACUUCACUUGGACUGUUUGAAAAGCGUAUGCUGUUGGCGAUCCUGCUCCUGGUUGAAUAUAUUUUUAAAGACCCAGGAGUUCUGCGCUAUAUCGAACUCUCCAAAGCAAUAGAUUCCAGUUGCACGACUGGUAAGGAAAAUCCCUCAAGUCAUACACCUGUUCAUAACGAAGUGAACAGUCUUCUAAUCUGUAUAACCAGCUUACUCUCACAUAUAAACGUUGUUCUUAGUUAUGGAGUGUCUCAUACUCAGCGGCAGAAAAAGAUCAGUACCAUGAAUUUAGUCAGUCCACCCCUGUUAAUUGCUUUAGCAAAAGCUUCUUUUGCAUGUGCCAUGUCUACUCGUAGUCAAACGUUUCAUGUCACUGUUCGAAGAUUCUUCGCCAACCUCACGAAACAUUCAGACAGUGUGGUAAGUUUAAUCGCACUAGGUAAUUACCAUCAACUAUGUGGUGUAAAUAUCAGCAGUUCCGUCAGUCACGAAGAUUCAGAGAUAUGUAGAAACACUCUGUCAAGUAAUCAACUUACUCCUCAAACGAAGCUUGUCUUACCCGAUGAGAAAUAUAAUGUCGUCGAAUAUACUUCGGAAGUAUGUUCUUCAAUUAAGAUUUCAAAUCCCGAACAGGAGGGACCUCCCGUCAAGCGCCUUCGAAUUACGGAGUCACAUACAGUUGCACAAGCUACUGAGAUAUGUUCAAAUGCCAGCUGUGGUGCUUUAGAAGCUGACGUCCCACCUAGAAUUCAACAAGAGAAUUUGCCGUUAUCUGGUGGGCGAAACGUUCUUGCAUCAGAGGAUAUAGACAGUUUUCUGACCACUUUUGAUCCGACUUUUAUGUGA